AUGACCGAGAAAACGGAUGAGUCUAAGGCGGAAAAACUUUUUCCUGAAAUUGGGGAAGUUGCUGACGAUGAUGGUGCGGGGCCCACGGAGAUCGAAAGUUUGUGUAUGAGUUGUGGACAAAAUGGAAUUACAAAAUUGUUAUUAACCAAAAUUCCACAUUGGAAGGAGAUCGUGAUCAUGAGCUUUAAUUGCGAGCAUUGCGGUCUGAGUAAUAAUGAAGUUCAAUUUGCAGGGAAAAUCGCCGAGAAUGGUUGUACCUACACUUGUAGAAUUGACAACAAAGAAGAUCUUAAUCGCCAAUUGGUAAAAUCGGAGACGGCGUCUAUAAGAAUUCCUGAACUUGACCUUGAAAUACCGGCCACCACAAAAAAAGGUCGACUGACAACCGUUGAAGGAUUGGUGUCCGGUAUUGUUGAAGAUUUGUCUGCGGAUCAACCCAUCAGGAAAUCGACGGACGAAGAAACGUACAAUAAGAUCGAUGCUAUUAUACGAAAGCUUUCGAGUUACUUAGAGGAGGGCGAAGAGUUUUCCAUAGUUGUUGAUGACCCAGCGGGGAAUAGGUGA